AUGGAAGAUAGAGAUAAAACAAUAGAUUGUUCUAAACCUAUACGUUUUAUUGAUGAGGGCAGUAAAGUUCGAAAAAAUUUUACUCAAAGUUAUUUUUACCGUGAAAUAGGCCGUUAUAAAAAUGCUUCCCCUUCUGAAUUUCAAUGGGCUGCUGAAGAUAAAUUAAUUAGUAAAAAUUCGUAUGAGGAAGUUAAAUGUCAGUUGCCUGAUUCUCCGCGUUCGACAUUUUUAAUGGUGUUCAGUCCUGAUGGUAAAAAAGUGGCAUCUACCCAUGGAAAUCACAAUGUAUAUGUAACAGAUUUAACUACCGGAAAAAAUAUUCAAACAUUAUCUGGUCAUCCGAGAACACCUUGGUGCAUCGCUUUUCAUCCUUCCUCUAAUCAAAUAUUGGCAUCUGGUUGCCUAGGAGGACAAGUCAGAGUUUGGGACUUACAUGGUGGUAGUGAAGUAUGGACUGCUGAAAGUCAAACAGUAAUUGCAUCACUUGCUUUUCAUCCUGUAGGAAGGAUGCUUGUUAUAGCCACUUAUAAUGAAUUACAUUUUUGGGAUUGGAGUCAGCCUGAGCCUUUCGCCAAGUGUAGUACUAAAAGUGAAAGAGAAAAAGUUAGGUAUGUUUCGUUCGAUAGGUUAGGGAAUAAAUUAAUUACAGGCAUUGCGAACCCAGUAAAUGUGCCAUCUCAAUGGGAUAGAAUAAAUGUACUCAGUUCUCAACCACCUUCUACUUCAACACCAGCUUCAACAACUACAACAUUUAGUUCGAGCGUUACAACUACCAGUAGCAACUCUCAGUCUUCCUCUGACCAAGGGAGAUCCAUUACUUUUUGUUAUCGGCAUUUAAUGAACCAGUAUAAUCAAUUGAUGGAUAGAUAUUUUGAUUUAUCUCAAUCAAGAGUUACUCCUACUACCGACAGAGGCACUGACCCCAUGGAUUUAUUAGACUUGAGAAAUAAUGCUAGCACUUCUGGAAUUAGCAGUUCAGCUGUUUCUUCUUCUGUUUCAACUUCUCAAACGAACAGUCCAUCUCCACUUCGAUUUAAAUUUACGCGUUCUCCAUCCAGAAAUUAUCGUCCAUUAAGCAAUCGCAAAAGGUUUCGAAUUCACUCAUCAAUAUUCAGUAGGCUAAACAAUCGUUCAUCUUUACCGGCUCACAGUUCAUUAGCUUUUUCUACAACUUCUAGCAUUCCCUCUAAUCAAAACCUCGCUUUGACUACUACGCCUUCUGUAGGCUCAACUUCUACAUCUACUCAAUCACCCUCAAGAUUAAGACGAUGCGCAUUUAGUUUUGGACCGACUACCAGAUCUUGGAGCUUAACUUUCUCGCCAGAAAACUCUUCGAAUGUUUUAUUUACAAGGAAUUCUUCUCAAACAAACACUUCUAGGGCUAUCACAAAUCCGACGUAUUCAUCUUAUCCUGAAAGGGGAAUAUUUAGUACUCGAGAAUCUAGUUCAAAUAAUUCUGAAAGAUCUCAAUUCUCUGUGGUUUGGCCUUGCAGAGUAUUACUCGAUGAAUCAAACGAUGGUCAACAAGGUUCAAGUAGUAGGCCACAACUUAAUACUACUGAAUCUAACCGUUUACGAAGUGUUAUAAAUAGAUCAUCGAUUAACUCAACUAACCGUCUGAGUUCUAAUAUAGCUUCUCAAAUGACACGAACUCCAUCAUGUUCUCAAACUAAAACUGAAAGUGAGUCUCAAACAUCUCCAGGAUUACAGCUUAAAAGACAAAGACACCAAUUACAACAAGGAAAUUUAUCAAAAUCUGGGCAAGAAAGAAGAUGUAGGGAUAAUGACAGAACAGACAGGAAAUUUGUAAGAAAAAAUCAAAAACACUUAUCCCGAUUUCAAGUGAGAUCUAGGCUUUCUCAGGACCAUCAAUCACAGUUACAAUUAAUAACAAAUAGGGAAACUCAUGGUUUAAAUUUACAAAAUAAUCAAAACUUGAGACGUCAGCUCUCAUUCAGGCCUGGCGGGCAGUUUGUUCUUUCGCGACAUUCGAAUUCUCCUUUUCAACCUCAAUCUCUUUCCCACAGCAGUAAUUCUUCUUUAAAUAAUUCACUGUCCUCGCGAAUUAAAAGUAAUCUGAUUUCCAAACAGGUUCCUUCUUUUAAAUCUUCUUUCACAGCGUCGCAUUCAUCAAAUUCAAAUUCCGCCGAGGAAGCUUCAACUUCUUCUUCGGAAGGAGCUGCUUGCUCUCCUACCUCUAAUACCAACACCCUUUCUUUAUCAGGAAAACGUUAUUACCGACAACUUCGUGAACAGGUUGAAAAUCGCCUUUUCGAUAGCGUAAAAAGAUUAUUAAGAAAUCGAUUACGAAAUUCCUUGGAUAUUCCUUCCGUUGACAGCACGGUAAAUUAUUCGCAAAUAUCUGGAGAAUCAGAAGAAGGAGAACACUCACCUUUACAUUCUUUAGAUUCCGAAGAUAAUAAUUUAUCAAGAGGAUUAGGCCCGAGAGGAACGGAUCCAAUGUUGUCAUCCGUUAGUGAAAACCGAGAGGUUUCAAACGAGUUGUUGCUUGACAGCUCAUCCACUCUUUCUACUUCAGCGCCUAAUAUUUCAUUAAAUUCCAACGGAUUUAAUGCUUCUCAAAAUGGGUCUGAAAUUUUUGAUUCUUGGGAUCCAGAAGUGGAAACACCGCCUAUUUCGUUGAAUUCCGAUUUGCCCGUCAGUGAUAUAUUAAUAGAAGAGCAAUCUCAAAUCAAUCAGCCUUCAACAUCUUCGAGAAACAACUUGUCUGAUAGCGAUGAAAGUGACACUGAUUCUAAUAGUGCGUCCGUUACCGAUUCAAAUUUGUCAUCUUCACCUGAAUUUAAUGUUAGAGAAGGGAUUCAAAGAAUAAGCCGCGGAAUAGAAAAUUUGCAAAGAUUUUGUUGGUAA